AUGCCUAUCCCAGGUCAUCCUUCCAUCAUCCAUGUGUAUCCCUUCACUAGUGAUUGCUCUCUCAUUUUGGGUGUUGUGGCGGCGGUGCGCAAUCCGUGUGCAGUGGGCACAUGUGUGAAUGAUGGCAAGGGGUCGUACUCGUGUGUGUGCCCUCCGGGUUUCAGGCAGGGCACCACCGUAGAUGGCACCUUCUCCUGUGGUCCAGGCGACUCCAGCAGCAAGUACACGGUGGUGUUGGAGGGACUCACGUGUGCCGACAUCCACCCCGUGUAUGGGCUCACUCUCGCCCAGCUGCAGACUCAGAACUCGGGACUGAGCUGCAGUGCUCCUCUCGCUGUCGGCACGGUGGUGAACGUGGUUCAGCCAGCCGACCUCACGCCCUGCUCCGUCUACUACACCACGUCCCAGGGCGACACAUGCGAGUCACUAGCCACCUACUUCUCUCUCACAGCCGGCUGCCCCACUCCCACCAAGCCCUGCGCAGAGGCCUUCCAGACGCUCAACCCGGGGCUGGACUGCUCCGGCAGCGGGGAGCUGGUGGGCAGCCAGGCGGUGUGUGUGGAGCGGCGGGCGGAGAGUGCAGCGGCGCUGCUCAUCCCGGUGUGCUCGCAGUUCUAUCUGGUGCAGGUUGGGGAGACGUGCGACCAGAUCCGCUCCGUGCCCUCCCCGCCGCUCUCCCCUCUCGAGUUUUUCCGCCUCAACCCCGGCAUCAAGUGCAGCCGCCUCGUGCCCAAGACUGACAUCGGCAGCCUCACAGGCUUCGAGGCGUGCAUAGGCAGCUCGUUCAGCUUCAUGCAAGGAGUGUGCCCCAAGACUCGUGCAUACGUGGUUGGGACUGGCGACCGCUGCACUGGCCUGCAGGUCAAGUACUUCCGUGGAAUCAAAGGGUGCUACAGGAAGACCAACGGCUACGAUUGCAUCGAUAAGCUCGUCAAAUCCACUAGAGUGUGCAUUCCGGACCAAAUCAAGAUCAAGGCUGGGAAAUGCGAACCUUAA